UAAAAACAAAAGGAACCAUAAUACGAUAGUUUCUCGACUCUCUCGUCCUCUCUCUCUCUCUCUCUCUCUCUCUCUCUAACAGAUUGUCGAAUCAGAGGCAGCCGGCGGGAAGGGCACUGAGAUCGGUUCUAAAAAAACUUUGAUUUACAAUGUCUAUGGUUGAUGAACCGCUAUACCCAAUAGCCGUUCUCAUAGAUGAGCUGAAAAAUGACGACAUCCAGCUACGGUUGAACUCAAUCCGCAGGCUAUCUACCAUUGCACGUGCUCUUGGGGAGGAACGAACCCGUAAGGAGUUAAUCCCCUUUCUGAGCGAAAACAAUGAUGACGAUGAUGAGGUACUUCUUGCAAUGGCAGAAGAGUUGGGGGUCUUCAUUCCAUAUGUUGGGGGAGUGGAGCAUGCACAUGUUUUGCUCCCACCCUUGGAAACCCUUUGCACUGUCGAGGAAACCUGUGUGAGGGACAAGGCUGUGGAGUCAUUAUGUAGGAUUGGGUCUCAGAUGAGGGAGGGUGAUUUAGUGAACUGGUUUAUUCCUCUUGUGAAGAGGUUGGCAGCUGGUGAAUGGUUUACAGCUCGAGUAUCUGCAUGUGGGCUUUUUCAUAUUGCCUACCCUAGUGCACCAGAGACAUUGAAGACGGAACUGCGGUCAAUUUACAGUCAGUUGUGUCAAGAUGACAUGCCUAUGGUUAGAAGGUCUGCUGCAACAAACCUGGGGAAAUUUGCAGCAACUGUCGAACCUGCUCAUCUGAAGACUGAUAUCAUGUCCAUAUUUGAGGAUCUUACACAAGAUGAUCAAGAUUCUGUUCGACUUUUGGCUGUUGAGGGCUGUGCUGCUCUUGGAAAGUUGUUGGAGCCUCAAGACUGUGUUGCACAUAUCCUUCCUGUUAUUGUUAACUUCUCUCAGGAUAAGUCUUGGCGUGUGCGUUACAUGGUUGCAAAUCAACUAUAUGAGCUUUGUGAAGCUGUGGGGCCUGAGCCUACGAGGACGGACUUGGUUCCUGCUUAUGUGCGGUUGCUUCGAGAUAACGAGGCUGAAGUACGUAUAGCAGCUGCUGGCAAAGUUACUAAGUUUUGUCGGAUUUUAAGCCCAGAACUUGCAAUUCAGCACAUUCUUCCAUGUGUGAAGGAGCUGUCAUCAGAUUCUUCCCAACAUGUCCGGUCUGCUUUGGCUUCAGUUAUAAUGGGAAUGGCUCUUGUAUUAGGAAAGGAUGCUACAAUUGAGCAGCUCCUUCCCAUUUUUCUUUCACUUCUGAAGGAUGAAUUUCCGGAUGUGCGCCUUAAUAUCAUUAGCAAGCUUGAUCAAGUGAAUCAGGUUAUUGGAAUCGAUUUGCUAUCUCAAUCCUUAUUACCAGCCAUAGUUGAGCUUGCGGAGGAUAGACAUUGGAGGGUUCGGCUCGCAAUAAUAGAGUACAUACCUUUGUUGGCAAGUCAGCUGGGUGUAGGAUUCUUUGAUGAUAAGCUUGGUGCCCUUUGCAUGCAGUGGCUACAGGAUAAGGUCUACUCAAUUCGUGAUGCUGCUGCUAACAAUUUGAAACGUCUUGCAGAAGAGUUUGGCCCAGAAUGGGCAAUGCAGCAUAUUAUUCCACAGGUUCUGGAGAUGAUUGACAAUCCACACUAUUUGUAUCGAAUGACAAUUCUACGUGCAGUCUGCCUCCUUGCCCCGGUUAUGGGUUCAGAAAUCACAUGUUCAAAACUGCUGCCAGUGGUUGUCAAUGUGUCAAAGGACAGGGUUCCCAACAUCAAAUUUAAUGUAGCAAAGGUGCUGCAGUCCCUUAUCCCCAUAGUUGAUCAGUCUGUGGUGGAGAAGACAAUUCGGCCCUCUUUGGUUGAGCUGAGUGAGGACCCAGAUGUUGACGUCCGAUUUUUUGCUAACCAGGCACUUCAGGCAAUUGAUCAUGUCAUGAUGUCAAGCUAGCCAGGAUUCUUUACACUCUAGAAGAUGUUGAUUGCAUAUGUUUAAAACGAAGGCAUCAUUUCUACGUAUCAUCAGAGUAGUUUAUAUGUUCUUGCUGGAGCGUCUGAGUAAGUGUGCUAGUAUUUUGUGCCUAACAUGCGGGACCGUUUUGAGUUGCCUAAGUUUAUGCAAUAUUUAGUUCCCGUCGUAUAUGGGGAAAAUGUGUAAUAUUAGCUUCCAGAUUUUCUUUGUACUCUUCUGCAAAUUGUUUCUUGUCUUCAUCGGUAGGAAGAUAAAUAUUGUCUUAGAAUUGAAUUGAAGAACCGUAUUAUUUUGUUGGUGAAUAUAUUCCUUUUUUUUUUUUCUUCGUAAUA